UGGAGCGGCAGGGCCCCGCGGGGCCCGCGCUGCCGGGCGGCGGAGCCGUCUCCCCCUCCGCGGCGGGAGCGGAGUGCGGCGGCCCGCGGAGGGGGCGGGGAGGAUGACUUCAUGCCGCCGGAGCGCCGUGAAUUUAGGAGCAGCAGCUGCCGCCGCCGGCGGCGGGAUGUGGGGUUGAAGUGACAGCGGGAGCUGCCGCCGGGCACUGCUAUGUGGAUAUUUGUUAGCAAUGACUGAUGUGGAAUCUACAUAUGCAGACUUUAUUGCUUCAGGAAGAACAGGUAGAAGAAAUGCAUUACAUGACAUCCUUGUGUCCUCUCCAGGUGGGAACUCUAGUGAACUAGCCUUAAAGUUAUCAGAGCUUGAUAUAAACAAAACAGAAGGAGAAGGAGAUGCACAACGAAAUCCAAGUGAGCAGACCGGGGAGGCCCAAGGGGAGGCAGCAAAGCAAGAAAGCUGACAUCCGACUUUGACCGAGUGGAGCAGCUGCUGGAUGUUUUCAGGCUACAAGAGUGUGCUGGAACAAAUUUGUUUCCAUGAGCAAGCUGGUAGAAAAGAAAGUUGCAUGUGUCUUCACUGCUGGAACCCACUCAACACAAUGCUAAAAAUCUGGGUACAAGCUGUGACAGAAGACAGAAUUUUCUCUACCUCUGUCAUUAGCAAUGGUUGAACAUGUAUUGGUUUUUUGGGAUAGUGUCAUCAGAUGGAUCCCUUCAUAAUGACUACUCAAUGGGAACACUUUUAGAAAGUAGAACAGGUAAAUCUUGUAGCAAAUGGCCUUUGAAGCAUCAGAGGAUCUAAUUGUGUAUCUUAAGCAAAGGCUUGUGUGAUCCUCAGAGUUUAAAAUUCUCUGGCCAAAGUGUUUGCCCAUUAUAAGAACUGUAAAGAAAGCACUGUUUUUAGAACUUUGCAUCUGUUUUACAGCUCUGUUAUUUACAAUGGUUUUUGUAUUGUAUGACUUAGAUGCUCCACACUGCCCCUUCUCAACUGCUUAUGAAGAAUAUUUCUGUUACUGUGAAUUUUUCUACCACGCGUUUUGAAAGGGCUGGGUUUUUUGCAUAAGGUGGUGAUGUGCACAUGAUAGAUCUAAACGUCAACCGCUAAAUUGAUUAUGCCUAAUCCUAAAUGACUCAGCAACACUCUAAUUUGUUACUAGAUGAGCCUUCAAAACGAUUUGUUAAUGUGAAUACUUGAGCGUGCGUUGUGUCCUUGGUACAGUUUUGCCACUCGCCUGUAGUUAGUUGCAUAUCAGAGACUCAAAUUGAAUCUUUUAUGUUAUUCUUCCCCAUUUUUCUAAUUUUGGUCCCAAUUUCGUAAUCUUUCGCUGAGAUAUUUUUUUAAAAUGUUAUUCCAAGUAUUUUAUUGUUAUGGUAGUUUUAAGAAUACAUUUAUAACCUUAUAUGGGUUAAAAUUUAAACAAAUUCCAUGGUGCUAGAGGUUUUCCUGAUUCACAUUGUAAGAGAUAGGCCUUGUUUACACAUGGGAAAAUAACUGGCAUAGGUUAUUGCCAAGCAAGUAUUCUGAAAUGAGUUUUAGAAUGCAGUACAGUCCAGUGAGUGGCUCCAGCAAGGGGUUUGAUUUUUACUAUUCUUUGCCUUCGCCUCAGCUGAUCAGUCUGUUGAGUGUUGACCUGGCUGUUGAGGCACAGUAGCCUGCUACUGAUGCACCAGAACAGCCAAGUGCUAGAAUCUGCUACAGUAGCCUUGUGGCUUGGAGUUGGAAAGGGAGGUGAGACACUUGGCAUCUAGCACCCAAAGACUAGAUUUUUUCCCAUUUCAUCUAUUCCAAAAUGACAGUCCAAACUGGGCCUCCAUCAAAAUACCAGGAUAGCUUGUCCAUCCAGGACAUCACUUAAAAUAUUCACAAAAUAAUAACCUGUUCUGCAGUAGCUAUUGCUGAUGGAUUUGUUUUUCCCCCUCAUCCUGCCCCAAUAGACAAGGCCAUACAUGAGGCUGAAUGCUGCAAAAUGGGGCAGCCACACCUCUGUGUGACUAAGGUGAGUGAAGAGAGUGACUGGUAGUAAACCAUGGCAAUCACACAAGCACCAAUCACAAGGUCAGAAGAUUUGUUUUCUUUUAUUACUAGGAGGUGAUGUCACUUUAUAUAUAGUAUAUAUAUAUUAUAUAUAUUUUUGUGUUGUUGGUUUCAAAUGUUAUGCACUUUUUAAUGUUUGUAAACUUUUACUAAUGAAUAGUGUGAUUGCUUCCUGAAUAUAUUAAUCAUCAGUUAACAAAACAUCUUUGUGGCCACAGCUGUUUGUUUCUACCAUAUGUAUCAUAGUACUUGUCACCUGAAAAUCUUUUGUGAGAUUUGUGGAGGAAAAAACCCACUUCUGAUCAGUAUUAUGAGAUCAUUUAUUAGUGUUAAUAAAAAACAAGCCAGCUGUA